AUGUCACAAUCGACACCAUCGCAGACAUCAUCAACAACACCACCAACAACAUUGAAAACAGCAGCAACGACAACAACAACCAAAAAGAAACUUAGACUUAGAGCUAUGGUGAAUCAAGUCUAUAAAUUAUUUGUAUCUUCAACUAAUGCUCAACAAGCAAAUGAAAAAGCUAAAAAAGGUCUUGUAUUACCAUCAAUUUCUGUAACGUCUCCUGAUGGAGAAACUACUGCCGUUGAAUAA